UUAUAUGGGAGUGCUCUACUUUUCAAUUCUUUUAUUGAUCUGUUUUUUUGAAAACUGCGAUCUGUGUGUUUCAAUUUGACAAUACAUAUGUACUAUUUUUAAAGUACGUUGUUUACGAAUACAAGAUAACGGGUUAAUACCUUAAACGAUAAGCAUUGUGGAAUAGGUUGUUUAACGAAAUACUACGUCCAUUGAUAUUUUUGUGCACUACGUAAAUGGUUUUAUCAGUUGUCUAUGACUUCGCAGACGAUGCGGAACAACGUUACGAUAUCGGCUGUGCUCAUUUAACGCAUCUUGAAACGAAUGACAAAUUGGCGGACGAUAAUUUAUCAUACGGACUGAUCAUUACGAUUAUAUAUUCAUACGUGCUUUAAUUUCUACUGCUACUACUCUACACCCUUAUCAUGACGAGUGUCGUUCCACUCACUGAUAAACGACUUCAUCAGUUGAGGAUCAGUAUCGGGAAAGCUGUAAACCCUACAGAGACUCCUGUAAAAGAGAAACAUAUGCGGAGCGCGAUUAUAGGUACAUAUCAAGAAAAAAGUGGAAUAAUCUUUUGGAUGUGCAUGUUACGACAACCAUUGCAAGAGAAUCAAAUCGUCGCAUGGAAAUUUUGUCACGUUUUACACAAAGUACUGCGAGAGGGUCAUCCAAAAGUAAUUCCAGACUCUCAACGGUAUCGUGGAAGGCUAGAGGAUAUUGGAAAAUUAUGGCAACAUCUUCGAGAGGGUUAUGGUCAGUCGAUUCAGUUGUACAUAAGAUUGUUGAUCACCAAACUGGAUUUCCACAAGCGAAAUCCACGGAUACCUGGAAACCUUCAAGUGACAGCAGAAGAAUUAGAAGCCAUAGGAGAAAAUGACAUCAAUGUUUAUUUCCAAAUGUCAGUCGAAAUGUUCGACUAUAUGGAUGAUAUUUUGAAUUUACAACGUGCAGUUACCGCAUCAUUAAAGAAUACACCGUCAAAUUCUAUGACCGUCAGUGGACAAUGUCGACUGGCUCCACUAAUUCCGUGCGUUCUAGACGCGUCGCAGUUAUACGAUUAUUGUGUGAAAAUUCUGUUCAAACUUCAUAACACACUACCAGCGGACACUUUAGCCGGCCAUCGUGACCGAUUUUCGAAACAAUUCUAUGAACUGAAGAAGUUCUACAACACCGUAAAACAAAGACAGUAUUUUAAGCAUCUUAUAACGACGCCUGCGUUACCCGAGAAUCCACCAAACUUUUUGAUACAAUCCGAGUUACGAACGUACGUGACGCCGAGGGUGGUAUUGCCACCAGAAGAAUCUUUAGAUACCGAUACGGUUGUGGAUAGUCUCAUCGAUACUUCCGAUACGAGUUCAUUACCAGGCGAUCAAUUAGAUUCUACGCGAAACGGUUCAAUCUCUCCCGAUGCAUUAGCGGAAAGAGAAAGUCUCAUCGAUCAUUUACAGCAAGAAAAUAGUCGCCAGAGACAAGAAUUGCAUCGUCUACUGAUUGAUCAUCAACGAAUCACGGAAGAGCUUCAGAGUCGUGUCAUGCAACUUGAAUCGGGUUUGCUUAUUAAGUGCAAUGAAAUUGAACAAGAAAAACAGGUAAAUCAGGACUCUCUUAAACAAAAAGCAGACAUGAUGGCGAAAGUUCAUGAAAGCGAAGAAAAGUAUAAAGUUUUGGAAGAGAAAUUUCAGAAAUUGAAAGAUGUAUAUGGAAAAUUAAGAGAAGAACAUAUCAGUUUAAUCAGGAAGAAAGCCGAAGUGGACAAGCAAAUUGGGUUAUUAAAAAUGUCACAAGAAAAAUCGGAACGUCGAACCGUUGAAGCGGAACGCCGACUGGACGAGUUAAUACAAGGUCAAGAUAUAACUGAACAGGAAGCUCGAAAAGCUAUCGAAGGACAACAGGAUUUGGACGAUAUAAAAGAACAACUAAAUACCACGAAAGCUGAAAAUUUGGCGUUGAUUGCCAAAAAUGAUUUUAUAACUUCUAAAAAAACGGCUUUAGAAGGCGAUCUACAUGAUUUAUUAGCUCAGAAAGAAGAAUUAGAUUUAAAGAUCGAAAAAUUGGAAGUUGAAGCUGAACGGUGCCGUAAUGAAAUGAAUAUGCAUGCCGAUACCAUGUUGUAUGAAUUAUUGCUAAAUUGCAUCUCCGAAGCAGAAGAUAUUAUCCAAUAUUCAUUAAAUGCUAUCGAUAAUCCAGCGAUGUCAGACCUAACUUGUACUCCUCAAUACCUUGAACGAUUGGAGGAAUCUACCAUAAAAUCGUUAGAUGCUUUAGAUGCAACGUAUACCGGUUACGUAUGCGACACAUCGAAAGGAAAGAUACUCGUUAAAAGUGCAAUACACGUUGCAUAUGUUCUGGGUCUUUAUUUAAUACAUGCAAAAUCUACAUCAAACACAUCUAUUGAUAUUGCAUUGGGCGAUAAAUUGACCGACGAAUGUAAACAGUUAGGAUUAAUGUCUUUAACAAUGUUUGGCUACAUAAAAGAAAAGUUACCGACGACUGUGAGUCAAAUUAACGAUGUGAAGCAGCAAUUUAAGAAAAUAUGUGAACUUGCUAGUACGUUGUCGAAUGUUCAAGGUAAUGUUGAAGUUGUUGGAAGUUUGGUAGAGGCAGAAUUGUUAAGUAUGGAUAAAGCAAUAGAAGAAGCUGCUAAUCGAAUACAGGACAUGCUGGAGAAAUCUCGCGCUGGUGAUUCCGGGUUAAAAUUAGAAGUGAACGGAAAAAUUUUAGAUUCAUGUACAGAAUUAAUGAAAUGUAUAAGACAAUUAGUUAAGAAAUCACGAUUGUUGCAAGCAGAAAUUGUAGAACAAGGAAAGGGCACAGCCUCUGCAACCGAAUUCUACAAACGUAACCAUCAAUGGUCCGAAGGGCUCAUAUCAGCAGCGAAGGCGGUUGCAUUUGGUGCUAAUCUUUUAUUAGAAGCUGCUGAUAAAGUCGUAGCCGGAAACGGGAAAUUUGAACAACUAGUGGUCGCGUCACAAGGAAUUGCAGCGUCUACGGCGCAGCUGGUAGUUGCAAGCAGAGUAAAAGCAAAUAGAAAUAGCAAUAACUUGGCUGCGCUCUCAGAGGCAUCGAGAGACGUAACACAAGCAACUGGAAGUGUUGUUGCAAUUGCUAAAAACUGUAGCCAUCUUGUUGAAGAGAAUGAUGAUUUAGACAUUUCUGGAUUGAGCUUACAUCAAGCUAAACGAUUGGAAAUGGAGGCACAAGUUCAUGUUUUGGAAUUGGAACAAGCUUUGGAGACUGAAAGAUUACGUUUAGCUGCUUUACGCCGCUAUCAUUAUCAACUCGAAGGUGAAAAAGAAUGAUCGGUACGUAUUACCGAAGAAUAUUAAAUAAUACACUUUUUGGUUUGUUAAAUAAUUCGAUUUAAAUUAACAAUGAAAACAAAUCACAAUGUUUCAUUGACAUCAAGCAGUAUUGAACAAAAUGUUUACAAAUGGAAAGUAAACAGAUUCCAUUAUAAAAUAAUAUAUUACGAGAACAGAUUUAUUUAGGUUGU